GCGGAACGAAGAGGAAAAGCCCGCUCAAGCGCGCUACGAGCGCCUCUGCAUUGAUCUGCCACAUGGGCUGCAUGCUCGAUCGGAGGAAACAGCUACUGACCGUCCCGUCGACUCUAUUUCACGGUUUGCUAUGAUCACAUUUUUAUUUUGCAGCUCGCACAUGAAGUCAAAAGAAGCGGUGCGGUGUGUUUGGUGAUAGAACUACUCGUCAACUCAAACAGUUCACUGACUGUGGAGCGAAUCCCGUCUGCCUACUCGACUAGUCUGCGGCGUCAGGCUCAAGUACGAUUUCACAGCCCCGCUUUCGUGGAGGGACUCACCAGGAUCACUCUACCCCGGCUGGAGGUCUAUCCGCUAUCCCUACCGCGUGCCCUCGACAUCUCAUCAUGGAGAAUCAGCCGAUUUGCACGAACACAUCUGUCGCCGAGCGGGACAGCUUUCUCUGGCACACAGAUCCUACCCCAGCGCAGUCUGAGCCCGUGCUGGGCGAACGACACGACGACAAUGGCGGCUCGAGCAGCAACAGCGGCGGCAGCGCUACGAAUCCAAUCCUGAAAGUGCUGAGAGAAGCGAUCAAGUCUCGGCGGCGGAAAAUGUCGAGCCAGGUGAUCAAAACGCCCAGCGCCAAACCUCUUCGGGUGUUUGGCGCAGCCUGCGACAUCUGCCAUCGCUGCACUAGGCUGCCGUGUACUGGUGAAAGCGCCGGCCGGACACGCGUUCGUACUGACGGAAGCGACACUAGCGAUUGUAAUACUCCAGGUCUUAAUUCACUCAUAACAUGUACUUGGAACCUGGCCGAUUUUCAGCGAUAUUCGCUAGAACGUUUAGCCGACCAAAUCGCGCGGCUGCACGAACAGGAAGGCGUGGAAUCAGUGAAACGCUCGGAAGAGCAGGCUAAGUCGAGUUCGUCAAGUGUUAUUAGCGGUUUAUUGAGUGAUUUAUCGGAAAACCCGUACCGAUUACAAAGGAGGCUUGCAAAUGAUGUGAAAGGGGACGAACUAAACAGCAUGAAGUUGAACAGAGCGGAUACCUUCUGCUGCUACCGCGACCUUCUCAAACUGCUUCAGGAACAUCUGCAUGAACUCGAGCAGGAUAAACGAGCCGAAAGCGAACGCUGUCCCUGCUGCCCAUCGCAACUUCGUGCCCAUCGCGAGUGCUUGCUAGUCUGGCAUGAAAAGCACGCCUUGAGCGCACUGGGUCGGACAGAUGAGCGCACUUCGUCGGCUACUUCUUCUGCUUCUGCCCCAGAUGUAGUAGAGGAAAACAGCUCAGAGCAACGCAAGGCGAGAAAAUUUCACCCGCACUCAAGGGAGCACAGCGUGCGGCUGUGUUCCUCCAGCGAUCAUAACGUGACGGCGUCGACAAGCUCUCCUGCUGCUGGCGGCCAAGUUGACAGCGUAAUGUCGACUUCAGGAGCGACGGAGGAAGUGGAGAUGCAGGUCCUGUCGGAAUCGCCAGGAGCAUCUACCGCUGAGAGCGAUGGGCGUGCAUUCUGGCAGCCUGGCGGUGACAAGCAAGAUCUGGUUGAAGUGGACCGAGACGACGGGCGCAGCGGCGCGGAGAGCCCUGGCGGAUCCGGACGGUCGCUGUCGGACCUGAGACGUCGUUUGCGCACGUUCGUCACGCCACCGCGUCUGCCGCAGUUGUCGUCCGUGCGACGAGCGGGCUCGGGACACAGCGGCGGAGGCGCCUUUACGGGCUCGCGUAGUGCCUCCUCAACGCCAGAUAUCAUCAAGCGACGGAGCGGCACGGACGUAGAUGGUGGCGGUAGCAGCGGUCGCUAUCAUGCGAUUAGUCACGUGAGACAGGGCAGUCGCUCGUGCGAGGACCUCCACCUGCAGAACAUGGAAGGUAUAUUCGAACCACGCUUGGCUCCGUACACGCCAGCAGCCCACAUGACCGAGAACAGCCCGCGACUGAGCGACGCAAACGUGUUCAGAACGUUCACGCCAGACCCGAACGUCGACGAAGUCGCGCGUCAGCGGCUAGAGUCGUACCUGUUUGAGCCGCGCGACGUCAUAUGCACCCCGCCGCUGACCUCGAACCCAGCUCUGGUCGCGUCCGUCGGCCCACUGCGUCCGCAGUCGACGGACUGUGCAGUGCCGUCGUCGUCGUCAUUGGCGACAGGGGCGUCGGCCAUGCUGAAAAUUCCCGACCUCAGUCCCAGGCAGAAGCGGCGAUCGUUCCCGGGCUACGCGUUUGAUCUCUCCAAGCACAUCGAACGAGCCCCGUUCACCAAGGAGGAAUUGCGCGCACACAUGUCACACCGGAGAAGUGUUGCUCAAGAGACGUCCAGGGCCCUGAUGGGACUUCCCCCGUCGCAAACCUCUCUGGACGACGGCACCUCGCCCGUGUUUGAACCGGUCGCCGAUGGCGACGCCAGCAUCAGUAGCCAUCACCACAGUGACAGUGCACAGAGCCACGGGUCGCCGAAGGCUGCGACGACUUUGUCUCCGCACAGUCCCGGAGGCGCCAACUCUGCUGGUGCUGCCGCCGUUUCCCGUUCCGCGGAGUCCUCGCCGGAUGGUGGAGGUGACGGCGCGUUUGUACGUCUCUCCUACCAGCGCAGCUCCAGCAAGGUCAUGUCUCCCCUGGCACUUGCCGACGGCGGUGGCGGCUCUGCCGUUGGCAUGACAACGCCGGGCGGUCACGUGACGUCGCCAAGGGAACGCCACAGCGCACGGCACAGCGGCGCCGGUGUUGCGGCGGUGUCUGGCUUUGUACUCGACAACAACGGUGGUGGUGGUGCCGCCACUCCCACCACUCCCGUUCUCACCGUCCGCCGCCUGGAGCAGCUCAGUGCAUCCUCUCGGCACUCCUCGGCUGCAUCGUCCCUGGCAACCACACCGUUGCCACUGGAGACGGCGGACGGCAGACAAUUGUCGUCGUCCAGUCCGCCGCGUCAUCAUUCGACGGCGAGUGACUGCUCUAGCUCGAGCAAUGCCAGCGGACAGGCUGUGCUAGCAAGGGGUUAGGAUGGACUACAUAAUGGUGUGUGUAUGUAUGUGUCAACGUGAACAUCCACAUGUGUGUCCACGUGCCUGCAUGCAUAUCCAUGUGCCCUUGCCCGUAUGUCCACGUGCAUACGCAUGUGUGCAUAUUGUGUGUGUUCACGUGCUUUGUGUGUUUGCGUUCGUCCAUGCUGGAUUUGCCAUUCAUGCUUUGCUUAGUUAAUAUUAGCUCGCGCGCGCGCGCGCGCGUGUGUGUGUGUGUGUGUGUGUGUGUGUGUGUGUGUGUGUGUGUGUGUGUGUGUAGGUGUGCGUGGGUGCAUGUGCGUGUUUAUAAAUAAUUGAUUUUCAGCUACGUGUACUUGCAGUCGUGAGCUGACAUUCUAGGACAGUGUGGCGUGUGUUCCUCUUUGAGAAUAGAAUGCUCGGUGUGGGUUCAUGUCGACAGUACGUUUCUGGGCACCGGUGUACCGCACAUGCACACACAUGUACAGUAUUGCUCAAUGAAAUCCAGUCGAAAUUUCUCAGGUACGCGUCGGGGCGUUGCGGCGCAGCCCGAGACCUGCGAACACUGGGCUGCGAAAAAAGGUGCACGGCGCCAGUUUGACUCUCGCGACUGGAUUUCAUUGAGCAGGACUCUAGUACAUGACCAUCAGCCAGUAUACUAGUACUUUGUAGGCCGUAUUCGUCAUCAUCAGGAUUCCACCAGUGUAGUAGCCUGUAGGACUGUUGUCAUGACUUCACACAUAAAGACUUUAGCUCGCUGGCUGGCUCGUACGCCAGUUUCGCUCUCUGUUUUUCUCAAUUUUUCCUUUCUUUUUUGUUUCUUUGUGCGGUGUAUCAUGCCGUGAGUUCUAUUAUAAUAUUCCGCGUCUCUUUAGAUUGUUCAUGUGGUGCUCGAUACACGGGUGGUUUGAAUUAACUGAAAAUAAAAUUAAAAUGCUGCUCUC